UAAACAAUGAUGGCGGGGUUUUCAAUGGACGGUCAUUCAGUGUGUUCGGUCAGACAUGUUCGAUGUUUGUGAAUGUCUGUCUGCUUCGUGGGUUCACAACUUUGCAUGCCUGGAUCGAUUUACUGCGACCUCGUCGAUUGGUCACUGUGCUGAAAAACAUAAUGAGGAACUAGGCCUAUGCUAGAAAUUAGAAUUGGAUUUUGGAAAGCUGUCGUUUUAAUGACAAAUGACAAUGACAUGGGAUGGACCUGUGAGCUGUGGACGGUUGAAUGACGACAAACACCAUCAUUAGCAUCAGACCAUCAGACCUUGGCUUUGGAUUUGCGCAUCUAAAAACACACACAAAAACUGCCCUUCCAUCCAGAGGAGAGCGCUGUGGCUUGAUGGGUUAACCUGUUGACUACCAUGAAUCCGCGCUGCGCUUGCAUUAGGAUACCCAUCUUACCAUGAUCACCGUUUGUGUUGAAGCCCACUGCUUUUUCGGUAGACUUGCUGGCUAGCAACUGGAUAUGUACAAGGGACAUCAGGGAAGAUUCUGUAUGGUUACGACUUUUCGAUUUUGAAGUGGACUACAACUGACAGAAGUACCAUUUCACUCACAGGCCAAUUCACAGCGUGAGCAAGGUCCAUUGACAUUGCCAAUAUGUGUUGAUAUUUGGACCAGGAAGCUAUGGACGCCGGCAAAAUGGAUCGAGUUACACCUGAUGAAUUUAAUUCAGGAAAACUCCAAGUAAAGGCUUUGGUCGCCGCCCUAAACACUGAUGAGAAAGAAAAACCUCAAGAAGACUCUGUUGACAGAAUACCGGACUCAAAUUUACAAUUAGGUCAUCAAAAAGGUUGUUGCAAGAUUGCUAGUUUAGUGCUCACCGGUUGUGAUCAACAUGUGAACCACGAUCCGGAGAAUCAGCAAAAAGAGCGUUCACUUGAUCUAGUAGAGUCACCCGACAGGCAGCUUCAAGGCAAUAACUCUAACACGAAUACUGUGGAAGUCAUAAACCAAGAGACAUUUUAUGCUAAGAGUAAACAAACUAUUCAAGAAGCUGGGACCAACAUUUUCAAGGGGGAUUUUCUAAGCACGAAUGCAUCCUCCGAGUUAAAGAUUGAAUCUUCGGCACACUUGUGUCUGGCUCAACAGAACUUGCCGCCAGACUUGUUUGAUGGCGUGUUGGAUAUAAACACUGUCGCGUCGUUACUUCCCAAGGACAGAACGUCCACCGAGGAAUCAGCCAUCGAGCACAUCCUGGCGCUGGAGUCCGAUCAGUCGCGGCAUCGCCAUCACAGCGUCCCAAACGAAGACUGUAAUGGGUUCACAUCCGAACAAGACAGCGGGAUCUUCGACUUAUCUUUAGUCCAGCAAGACGACUUUGAAACUUUCGACAACAGAGAGGCUAGUCGGGAGUGGCCAGUGAGGAACAUCACUCCAGAGCAGCGGAGAAAGCACUUGCAGCGGUCCGUGUCCGACUCCUCUAAGUUGUUAGGACACAGGCCAAAAGAAGGCUGUCACUGUCAGAAAGUGAAGAGAAACUUACGCAUUCCUUCCUGUUUUAUAAACAACCCACCUUUAUUUCUAGGGUCGGAGGUAUGCGAAAACACGUCAGGUCAAAACAUUAAACUUCCUGUGAAUCCUCCCGCAACAAACACUGAAACUAAACAAGCUGUUGAGAAUAUUGCUGAAAGCUGCAGUCAAGUGAUCACUGAUUCUGAAAGGGGUGAAACGAGGUCAACAAAUUUUCUCGAAAGUGGGACACAGAACCUGACUCCACCCAACGCGUCUGAAUGCCAGGAACGGUGCAGUUUGGUAACAUCAUCAGAUUCAGAACCAGAGAGCAACAAAAGUCUUGAGGAUUAUCUUGAGGAUAUCACCAUGGGGAAGAAAACGCAGUCGCUGUCCAAAGGGCGGCAGCCUCACGUUGUGUACUCAAAGGAAGAGUUCAGUGAGGAGUACGCCUCCCCUAAGAGGAGCAAAUCCUGGGACAAGAAGAAACACGGGAAGAAAGGCAGCGAGAAGAAGGACAAACAGAAACCCAAGGACCGGAAGAGAGUCCUGUCAGAUCCUUCCCAAGGGAUGGACUUGAAAGUUGUCAUCUCCCCGCCCCUGACAGUUUCCCAGGAGGAGAGCCUGAGGAACAAAAGGCACACUAUUGGUGGAUUCCUGAUGACAAUGCCUACCCAAGAAGCUGGUACUGAUACCUCUGAGCUCCUGGCUGACUCUGAGAUGCUGACAGCUCAUCAAGAGUCGCGCCAAUUUGCUGCCACUCCCAACGUGUCAAAUAACAACCAGGAGCAGCACAAAUCAAAAAAGAGACUUGCCCAAUCCCGUGCUGGAGGAAUAUCUCCUGAAGUCAUUCCAACAGCUAGUAGACACCCCCUACGAAAGCAACAGGGUCUAAGCUCUCCGGAGGUUAUAGCAGACACCCUGAGCAAGGCAUCUUCGUCAUCAGAUGUGAUCUCCGACGGGCCACCUCCGCCGAAGCCCAAGCGCCUCAGUCUGACCAACCAGCUGCAAAAGCAAAAUGACAAAUCGCUGGAUGUUUCCAUACACCAGGAUGGCUCACAAUUGCCGUACCCAAAGAAGGAUAACGUCUACGAACGGAAGACGGAAAUUGCAGUGGAGCGUCAAGUUCUACUUAAACAAGCCACCAAGAGCAAUCCCCUUGACCAACAAAGCCAGUUACACGAUUCUGCUGUGAGCUCCCAUAAACAAGCAAACAGGUCUGAUGCACCAGGUCCUUUCUCAGUCGUCACUCGUUAUGGUGAUGAUGGCGAAGAAGAACUCAUUCUUGGUGCCUUACCUCUUCAAGAGAAACAACAAGAAGUCCCACCCGAAAGCAAACCUUCCGUGCCGAAUGUUGCCAGAAAACCAGAGAAGCCAAUUCCUGCAAAACGUAAAAUCCGCCAUUAUGCUUGCAUAGAGCCUGUCGGAAAGCCAGUUCAGGCCAUCAAAACUGAGGAACAUAAAGAAGAAAGCACACCAAAAAAGUCUCCCACUGAACCUCCAAAAGAGGAGCAAUCAAAACCCAACUUGGACCAAAUUCCCUCCUCGGAUGAAGCCGCACCAGUCUCCAAGAGCUCUACCAUCGAUCAAGAGGUUAAACCUCCAGUCCAACAAACCCCACCAGUGGUCAUCACAGGUCCACCUCCAGAUACCUCUCUGAAAGUCCGUGAUGUCACUCCCGAUUCCCCAAGCACCUCCUUGCCUCCCAAGUCCCCAAGCUCACCAGAAACCCAAGAGGAUCCCCCACAAAGCCAGACAAAUGAAAACACCCCCCUGAGUGUGGAUAUCAACCGAUCUAGGCUCACAUCCUCCUCGGAUACUGCUUCCACCGCUUCCAUCCCGCCCCAGUCCCCACCGGAUUUAGACUACCAGGAGCUCCUGGCUCAAGCGACGCCCUCGGAGCAUUCUCUACCCUCUUCGUCUGAACCUUCCAUCAACAUCGACUUUGCCAAGCUGGACCCGGCCAUGGAGCAGAAGAUGGUGACUGUCUCAGUGGGGAUGAUGCCCGAGGUUCAGAAGGCGGAGGUGACGGUCAUCAACGAAGACUGCCAAGAGGUGAACAGUACUGAUGAGGUUGAGAGACAAGAAGCAGCCGAGGUCCAACAACAGCCAAUGAGCCCUGAUACCAAGGAGGAGUCUGCCACUGAAUCACCACCUACCUCGGAAGUGGUGACGUCGCAGCCCGACAUUCCGUCCAUCUCCAGCAAGGAGGAGGACGAGGUGGACAACGAGGAAGACGAAGACAGCGGAGUCUAUGACGCCAGCUACCGGCACUCGGAUUGGAUCUACGUGGGUAACAACCAGGAGCUGCAGAUGAUGACCAAACAGGUGGAGAUGCAGGCCGGGGCAGCCAAGUCUUUGCAGACAGUUGCGGAAGUGAACAAUUCGCAAGCAGCUGACGAAGUGCCGCAGUUCGACCGCGCAGACGAGGCCAGGGAGUCUGUGACAACGACCUCGUCGGAGAACGAGUUUCGCAUGCAGCACCAAAGCCUGGCCUACCGUCGCGUCCAUCGGAAGACGUCGGCGAUAGACUACCAAAGGCUGUCCCUCAUUGCACGCGAGAGGAAGGUCACAAUCAAGAAGGUCAACAACAUGUUUGGGUUCCGCAUUCAGUACAGCCGGCCGGUGGUUGUCACCGACGUGGAUAAAGGUGGUGCAGCGGAGCAGGCAGGCCUGCGUGUAGGUGACAUGGUCCUGAGGGUGAAUGGCCAUGAUGUCCGACAGGCACCGCACUCCCAGGUUGUACGUCUGGCAAUGAGUGGCCCAGAUCCGCUCGAUCUUGUCGUGGGCACCAACGUCUGCAACACUCUCAAUCUCUAUGCCGAGAAGCCGGUCAUGUGUGGAUACUUGCACAAACUGGGCGGAGCCGGUAUGAUCCGCACCUGGAAGAAGAGGUGGUUUGUGCUCAAGUACGACAACUGUCUCUACUACUACAAAACCGAAGAUGACGUAGAACCUCUGGGUGCCAUUGUUCUGUGCAACUACACCGUCAUGAAGGCACGGGACGUCGGCAAAUCCUACGCCUUCAAGCUGACAAAAUGCAAAGCAAGGACCUAUUACUUCUACACAGCUACAGAAGAAGAAAUGAGCAGGUGGGCCAAGAAUAUUACCGAAGCAGCCAAACCCCAGAACACCUCUGAUAUCUGGCUAGACAUCAGCACUCACAAUGUGGGUCUCCCGGCCCUGUCCAUCAGGAACCCGGACUGCCACGGCUUCCUGAACAAGCUGGGUGCCAUCAGGAAGACCUGGAAGAAACGGUUCUGUGUGCUGAAGGAUGCCUGCUUGUACUACUACAAGGACAUUGAUGCUCAGCAUGCCCUUGGUGUGGCCCAUUUCCAUGGUUACAGUAUCCAGGAGACUGAAAUCGGCAGCAAAAAGUAUGGCUUGGUCUUGAAACAUCCGAGCCAGGAGCUCAGGGUCUUCUACUUUCUUGCCGAUCAUGAGACGGACCGGAAAAGGUGGGUGGCCGCUUUUGCUAUGUCAAUCGGUCGCUGGAUUCAGACAAACAACGGCGAGGAAUCCGAUGAAGAGAGCGCUGAAAUGCUGAUCUGAAGACCAAAUCCUCUUCUGGUAACCGGAGCUCUAAUAUUGCAAAACUACUCUUUUUUUUACCCAGAAAUUGGGUAAACUAUGCACGGCUUAGCUAGUUCGCGCCGGAGGCCAUGUAUACAUUCAAAAGUUUUGCGGUAUGCGAAACAGAUGAUGGAUAAACAUGCAGGGAGCGAGGCCGGAAAUAUUUGUCAGCGACCCACUCGCAGCUAGCGAGGCCGGUAAUAUGAGUGUGCUGCCUGAGGGUGAUGGCUUCAACCCGCCUGGCUUGAGGUCGAGUGAAAAGUAAUUCGUUCCGUUCUUGUCAAAAUAAUCCCGGCGCGAACUGGUUAAAAACGUAUUCUACUCUGUUGCACUGUGUAUACCAACAAAACAGGCCACUAUGUAUUCCGACCAGUUUUAUUCAUAAAUUAAAUACAGAAUAAAAACUUUCUCCUUUUCCUGUACAACAUAUUUAUUAUGGUCACAUAUGGAUACAAAGCUGAGAUUCUGUAAAAUAACGGGACUCUUUUCAUUUUGUCUCAAGACCCAAGGAUAGUCAUCUAGUUUUGAAAUGACUUUCAAGAAAACUAAAGAUGUAAAAUUCAACAAGGGCCUAUAUGUAACGACUAUAAAACAUGUUAUAAAAAAUAUGAAAAUAAAUAAAAAAAAAAAAAUACAACUCAGACACCAAACAAUAUAUUUCUUGUACAGUUUUAAUGUUUUAUUUAAUUCUGUAGCCAGCUUAAUAUACAUGUACAUUUAAUAUUUUAUUUAUGUUUAUAUAUUGGACAUUGUAUUCAUUGGUUUAUAUUCAUAUCUACACAUAUGUUAUUAUCGUUAUGCUAUAAAGCAGAAGCAAAGCCUGCCAAGUUUAAUAAUACUACAAACAAAAGUCUGUCGUUACUUUACAUUUUCAUUCUUAGUCCAUUACCAGCUGUUCAAGAGAGAAAAAUCUCCCUCCUGUUUCCAAAAUUUUACCUUAAAGCCACAAUUGACUAGUCUGUGGAAUAUCCUUUUGCACAGCAAGGGUCUAUGAUAUGCGAGCAGAUUCAGCGAUUAAUUAUGCAAAGCAAGACUGCGUCUUGACCUCCAGAUUCUGACUAUUCAUUGGGCGCCUACAUCGGGUCUUCGGUAACCCGUGGUUGUAUUGUAAAAACAUGGUAGCCAAAUCGACCAAUCGACAGCUUAGUCCACAUUUGUGAUCGACAUGAUGUCACACUUCUAAAGUCAACUCCGAUUGGCUGCAACGCGGGGUUGCUUUGCUCACAUGAGACGUUGGUUACUUGUCCAACGGUUCAUACUUACCAUUGACCGGCUGCUGCUUCUUUGGAUUUUUGGCAAUGUCAAUACCCAUUUGGUAUUAGAUCGAAGACAAUUUUGUUAUACACUUCUAGCGCUUGAGGUUACAGUUGAAGAACAUACACUGGUUGUGCUCUGUACAACAAACUGUUCCCUCAUUAAAAGAAAAAAGCAAGUUCUGGUAUAAUCUGCGAUUAAUGGUAGCUUGAAUCAAGCUACAUGUAUAUGUAUGUAUAUGAAACUUACCAUUAUGCUAUCCAUAAGCUUACUUUUGCCGCGAUGACCAAUCUCUAUUGUCUUAUGUUGUAGUGGAACUCUCUACACAUAUGCAUUUCCAAUACAACACUGAAUUAUCGGUUACAGUGUAUGUUUUCUCCGUAUAGUGAAACAAGUACACUGACUUAAAACAAAAUAAUCCCGUUUUUACGGAAUUAUGUAUUUUUGUAAGAUAUAAAAAUAACCUGCUCUAAAUGUAUAGUUUUUUAAGUGCAUGAAAAAUAUUUUACUCAAGAUUUUUUUAUAUGAACGUUUUAAAGAAAAAAUAUUGAAAGUGGUCCACAGUAAAGACCGACCACAAUUUCACAAAACUAUGCACAUUGUAUUUAUACUGAAAAGUCUAUGCAAUUUACUCCUGCAAUGUUUUAAUAUGCUUUUCUAAACAGUAUAGUAGAACUGUCAACAAAAGAUUGCUUUUGUAUUCGUAUUGAUAAUAACGAUAGUAGCAAUUGAGAAGUUAUGCUUUUCUAAUAACAAGGUAAGUAGCCCCCAUGUGGCAAAAUCUCUGUUAACAUGCUCAAACUGUAUUCUUUCCGGCCACUCAAUACUGGAAUUUGUAUCCUUGUGGAGUCAUUUCUUUGUUCUUGUGUACUAAAAAAGUUUAAGUUUGAAUAUCUAGUUUCAAAAUGCGCCUAUUAAAUCAGAAUUAAUUUCCUGGGCUGAAAUAUCGGACUUAAUAUCACUUGCAUAAAAUACUUCAAUUUGAGACAAUCAAAACACCUGGGAAAUUCCUAGUUUUUGAGUAAAAUCCAUAUAUAUUUUUUGUGAUGAUAACCUUGUGGAGACGUAUAGAAAAUUGCUCUGUGGAGACGUAUACAAUAUUUUGUUCCCUAUUGUGCACAUGUCUCCAGAUGACACCGUGUACCAGAUCACACACACACGAGUUGGAACAGAUCUAUAGAAGAUUUCGUGGCCAUUAUAAACUCGGUGGUAUUUUAGCACUGCUGUUUGUAUUAUGUAUUCUACCAAUUUAAAUAUGUAUUUAUAUGAACUAUUCUUCCAAUCUAUGUAAUAAAGUAUUCAAUAUAACAGUCAUUAGAUGGAAUUUGCGUCGGGGUGAUGUAAAUUCAUUAUUCAAUAUAAGGUUAUUAAAAAUGCUAUAGAGUAUUAA